CCCGCCUGUUAUAUCCCGGUUGAUCGAUCCCUGGGGCGUCGAUUUGCACUUGUUCUUCAUUCUUCAGUGAAUAAAAUAGAACUCUGUGUCUUUUCCCCUUCAACUGCCCGUUUUCACUUGACCCGGUGCGUGGAUAAAGCUUAUCUACCGGUUCAAGCUACUGGCUUCUCCAGUGGUGACCACGACGAAGUCAUGAAGUUGCUCCGUCGUACCAACCACCGAUGGUGAACCUGCUUGCAUCAAUAUCCUGUCUUUGAGUUUGUUUCAACGUGUGCUGAUCCUAAUCAGACUGCAGGAAUGAGUUUCCUCGAUUCCGUCCUCUCGUCCAUCGAGACGGGCAAGCCAUCCCCGAUACCCACUACCACCUCCUCUAUCCCAUCUCCUCCAGUUACAUCCUCGAAUGCCAAAUCUGAAGCUCGCAGGCUUAGCUCAGUGCCUCGCGCUGUUUCUUCCGAACGCAAAAACGUGCUACCACUUGGAACGAAACGCAAAGCUGAGGAGCCGUUGCCCCGACCUUAUAGACCAGAACCCCAAGCUUUGGCGAAACCAACACUAUCAAGAGCAGUGACUCUACCCACAGCCCCUAAACCCCGCCCUAACACUACGAUCAUGCCUGCAAGACCUGCUGCAAGCAGUGCUGCUACAACAACAAUAACCUCCCAAAAGGCUCCUCCAGUCUCAUCGAAGCUACCCCCCAAAGGAUCCUACGCAGACCUCAUGUUGAAGGCAAAAGCUUUGCAGGAAAAAGCCCCAACUCAAGUUGGGAUGUUUAAACACCAGUCCGCCCCCAAAGAGAAACUGAGCAAGACAGAACGUAAGAAGAGAGCAGCGGAAGUACAGGCGAAGGAAAAGGAUUCGAAGCUAGCGAAGAAAGCGAGUGCCGGAUCCAGUGUGUCCUCUAGCAUGAAGUCUGCAAACACCAAGCCCGUCAAGAGACGAGAACCCGAAGAACUUACAUAUAAGGGCACUGGAAAGCCGACGCCAUCCGCGCAACCAGAAUACCGCGGCACAGCUAGCCUGCCCAGCCAAUAUGGUGAUCGACGCCCACCGCCCAGGUCUAAUAAACGGUCAAGAAUAAAUGAAUACCUUGGCACAGAUGAGGAAGAUGAAGGCGAAUAUGCGGAUGAACCUGAUGACUAUUAUUCGGAAUCCUCAGACAUGGAGGCGGGCUUGAAUGAUAUGGAGGAAGAGGAGGCAACAGCUUUGGCUUUUGCUAGACGGGAAGACGAAGAGGAAUGGCGUGCAGAGCUUGCUGCUAAACAGGAAAAGCUUGAACGCCGCAAGAAACUUUCCAUGUUGGCUUCCAAGAGGCACUAA